AUGAACAACAAUGCUAAUGCCAACGCCAACGAAGGAGCCGGGAAUCAGAUUCCUCAAGAGUUUUUACAACUCGUACCAAGGCCUCGGGACAUCACGUUCAGACUGAUCGAAAGGCAGCUGGAACUAAUGUACGUUACGUGGGCCAAUGCGCGAGUCCGCAUACAUCAAGAAAUCUACCGCCCUGAACUGCCGCUUCAGCCGUGCCUUCAGCCCCCAGUCUGGACAGAACCAACACGCGCGAUGGUAGUGCUUUGGAUCGCGAGGGAGCGCCAAAUUUUUGAGUUGGAGAUGGAGGAGAUGGAGCGUCUCCUGGGACUUCGAGAUGCACAUUAG